CUGUAUAGAGUUUUCACAUUCUCAGCCUGAUUGGGCUCUGGUUUCCUCCCUUAGAUGUGCAGGUGAGCUGAAUAAGCCAUCUAUUAGUGUCACAAAAUGUGAGGGUUAGGUGUAGCGAUAGAGAGGGGACUGGGUCAGCGUGGAUGCGAUGGACCCAGUGGCCUGCUUCACACUGCAGGGAUUCUGUGAAAAUGCUGGAAACUGGCGGCAUCUGUGGGGAGGAGAAACUGAUUUCUGAUAAUAAGUCAUCGACCAAAAAGCGAAACCUGCUUCUCGCCGAAUGUCUUUUGCUUUUCAUGUACUUCUCCUGGGUGGGGGCGGGGGCCGGGGUGGUGGAUCGCUUCUUCUCCAGGGUGUUGAUAGUUUUCCUUCCUCCUCCUCCUCUGCCCCACCCCGGAGGCUAAGAGCCGGCCCAUGUUUAGACAGUCAUUCCGAAUAAUGAAAGUGAAACCAAUAGGAAUACAUAGGUCGAUGAAAUGGCUGACAGAAGGAAGGCUGAAAAUUGGACCGAGGAGGCGAUUUGUGCCAUUUGUCUGGAUUUCUUCACCGAUCCGGUCUCACUGGAUUGUGGGCACAACUUCUGCCGCUCCUGUAUCAUCCAGAGUUGGAAAAAGAAGGAGAUAAACUCCUGCCCGGAAUGCAGACAGGAGUUUCCGGAUAGAAAGCUCAGAGCCAGCUGGGCCUUAGGAAAUCUGGCCGAGAAAGCUCGUAAUUUAAAACUGGAGUCGAAGCAGAAACUUCACUGCGGGAAACAUCGGGAAGAACUGAAGCUGUUCUGUGAAACCGACAAGACAUUGAUCUGCUUCAUUUGCAGGGAUUCGCGGGAGCACAAAUCUCAUGAGUUCCUACCGAUAGACGAGGCUGCGGAGAUGUACAAGGAUCAACUGAAACCACGUUUAGAAUCGGUGACCCGUAGAAAAGACGCAGUUCAGGACACCGAACGGCGGCAGAAGCAGCUCUUGUCUGACUUUAAGGAGCAGGCGAGCGGUCUGCAGACCCACAUCACAUCCGAGUUCGCUAAAAUGCACCGGAUUCUCACUGAGAAAGAGCAGCGUUUACUCCGAGAUCUCAGGGAAGAAGAGGAGAGGGUUCUGCAAAUCAUGGGGAAAAAACUCAGUGCAAUCAGACAGGAGUUAAGUAGCGUUGAAGAAGAACUAUCAAAGUUACAGGAUCAGAUUAAGGAACGUGACUCGCUCAGGUUUCUGACGACCUCUGAUUCUCUCUUAUUUCAAGAUGAGGUUUCAAAGGACAAAGGGAUCGAAUCCCAGAAUAUUGAAGAUUCAGUGAUACCUGCCUCAAUUUCACUGGGAAGAUUCAAAGGGCCUCUACAGUAUAUUGUGUGGAAAGAAAUGAUAGGGAGCAUUCACCCAGUUCCAGCCUCUCUGACUCUGGAUCCAAAAACAGCACAUCCCCAACUCAUCCUAUCUGAGGACUGGACUAGUGUGAGACUUGGAAAUAAAGCACAGUCGCUCCCUAUCACUUCACAGAGGUUUGAUUCUUGGGCCUUUGUCCUGGGGUUGGAGGGAUUCACAUCAGGGAGACAUUACUGGGAGGUGCAAGUGGGCAACAAGACUGAAUGGGGUCUUGGAGUGGCCCGACAGUCUGCUCAGAGGAGAGGUGAAAUUGACCCAAAACCUGAAACUGGAUACUGGACAGUAGGACUAGGAAAUGAAAAUGACUAUUUUGCAAGUACCUCUCCCACAUGGACCACCCUCACACCCAAUGUGAAACCCCAAAAGAUUGGAGUUUACCUGGACUACGAGGGUGGACAGUUAUCAUUUUACAACGCAGACAACAUGUCCAAUCUUUACACUUUCACGCAUGAUUUCACUGAGAGAAUCUUUCCCAUUUUUGAUCCAGGAUGGAAUUUUAGCAAAAAAAAUUCAGCAGCUUUGAAAAUUAUCCGGAUUACAAACCAUUGAUAGUUAGUUUCUGUUAUUUUGCCUUGAGUGGCAGAAAGUGGUGAUGAGCUGUUUUCAUGAGCCAUUUCAGUAUCUGUCGCAUAGGCACACCCACAAGACUGUUAGUGAGGGUUUUACAGGAUCUUCACCCAGCACAGAGUCUUCCAGGUUUGACCUCACCGGUGGCCUGCAUACUUAUCAUAAGACUCUAAGUACACUUAUAUUCCAAUCCUUUUGUAACAGAAGCUAAUGUUGAUUAUGCAAUGUUAUAGUUGAUGUUAAGUAUUGAGGAGAAUACAAACAGGCUGGAUUAGUGAGCAAAAUGGCAGUGUAAUGCAAAGUAGCAAAGCAUAUAGUUAUCCAUUUUGUAUGGUAAUGAUAGACUGGGAAAUGAUUACAGUCAGAGGGGCUUUAGUCUCUAUAUGAUUUACAGAAAGUUAUCCAAAAACAAUUAGGAAAACAAAUAUGUACUUUUAAUUCAUUCUGCAGCUCUCCACCACCUUCAAUGCCAAUUAGAGAUAGCAACAAAUGCUGGCCUCAACAGCAAUGCACAUGAAUGCCUAAGUUACAUAGAUGGGAAAUGUCACACCAAGAGGCCUUUGUGCCCUAUCAUUUAAUGCCUUUGGAUAACAAAAGUUUAUCCAUAUUAGUUUUAAAAUUAAUAAUUUGUCUAGCACAUU